UAGUUUUAGUAGCCUUUCCCGCCAAGAAGAACAGAGAGUUUGGGAGGAAGAGAAAAAUGGAGGUGAGUGUUAGCGGGAACGCACUGAAGACCUUUGCUCGCUCUAUCAACUGCCUUGCUAAAAUUGGUAACGAGCUUGCCAUUCAAGCUUCUUCUUCUCAGCUUGCUUUCUAUACUCUUAAUGCAUCCCGUUCUGCAUACCAAGCAAUUUCGUUCAAACCCGAUUUCUUCGAUGUUUAUUCCGUUUCCAGCAAUCAGCAAGUUCAGUUUAGCAUCCUUUUGAAGGCGGUUUGUGCUGUUUUGAGGACUCCUCUUUCAAACAUUGAUCAUUUGCGGGUGCAUUUACUGGAUACUGAUGCAGCUAAAGUGAAGUGGGCAUUAGAUUGUGUCAAUGGCAUGAGGAAAACCUAUUGGAUAAACUGUAAUGUGGAACCUGAUAUACAACAUUUGUCUCUUGACAAGGGAAGAUUCACGAGCAGCUUUGUUGUUAGGCCCCGUGAUCUCAACAGAUUGCUCUCCAAUUUUCAGUCUUCUCUUCAUGAGAUCACUAUUAUUGCUACAGAACCAUCCUCUUUGCCUUCAGAGGCCGAAAGUGAGAUUGGUGGGAAGGCUGUUGAACUUCGGAGCUACAUUGACCCAACAAAUGAUAGUGGUUCAUCGUUACACACUCAGCUGUGGAUAGAUCCAGUGGAAGAAUUCCUCCAGUAUGCUCACACUGGAAAUCCGGUAGAUGUUACUUUUGGUGUUAAGGAGUUAAAGGCGUUUCUUUCCUUCUGUGAGGCCUGCGAAGUUGAUAUCCAUUUAUUUUUUGAUAAGGCUGGCGAGCCUAUUCUCAUGACACCUAAAUUUGGUCUAGAUGAUGAUGGAUCUACUUCAAACUUUGAUGCCAAGCUUGUUCUCGCAACAAUGCUCACAUCACAGUUACAUGAAGGAAAUCCAACUGGCCCUGUUCCAUCAGAUGGUGCCUUGAAUGGAAGGGCUAUCAAUGAGACAGGACCAGAAGCUCAGCAAGAAAGAUCAAAGGUACAAGCCUCUGCACAUGCAUCUGAACACACCAAAAUAUGGUCUGACCUUUCAGCAACUGCUGCCAAAUCUGCUGGUUGCAGUGGUAGUGGCAGUAGGCAGGUUCAAGGCGAAGGAAACACCACUUCCAAUGAGCAGAGGGAACGUCAAAGGUUUCAUGAAAUGCACAUUUCAAAGGAUCCCCCCGAAAGAGAAAAUGCUGCUGCUGGUCCAAGUUCCUCCCAUCAUGUGGAAACUGAUCAACCAGUGAGGCAUCAAGGGAUUCAAGAAAAGGGGGAAGGCUUUUCCCAACGCCAUCCUAGUAAUUGGGUUGAUGCAGAUGAUGAUGAUGACGAUGAUGAAGGGGAAGACAAUGAAAUGUGUGUACAGUCAACACCACCAUACUAUGAAGAACAAUGAGAGUAAUCGGUUGCUGCUGUUUACAUUUCCAUGCAGGUGAUGUUCUACUUGUCUUACAGCAAAUGAAUGAAAUUUCUUAUAUGCAUAUGGGAACGAGGGAAUGAGGUUCACCGGCCUCUCACAUAAGAAGCUCAAAUACUCAUGAUGUUGUGAGGUGGUGCAACUACAUCUAGGUGCCGGCGUUCAACGGUGUGCAUAAUAGAUGCUUUGAAAGAAUACCUUGCUUGACCAUUUUUCCGGUUUUCUAAUGAGAUAAGAAGUGAGAAUGGCUUUGUAUAAUUUGAGAAUCAUCCUAUAAGGUAUGAGUCAUGCCAUAUUAUAGGUACAGGAAUUUUUUUUCUUUAAAUCAUCUAGUUAUUGUGAAAAUAUUUUAUUAAUUCUUACAUGAAAUAUCGUCAUGAAUCUGUAUUAUUUACCCCGUUUCUUAAAUAUUGUACCAUAGGUUUUUACGCUUCUAA